AUGAAUUCAAAAAUACAGAAAACAUCAGAACAUGAUAUAUUAGUUAAUUUAACACCAGAAGAAAGUGAGGCUUAUGAAAAGCUUUUCUGUGAAGCAGAUCCGGAUAAUAUUGGUGUUCUUUUAGGAGAGAAUUCGAUUAAUUUUUUUGAAAAAACGGGGCUUUCUCCUCAAAUUCUGGGAGAAAUAUGGAAGAUUGCAGAUGAUGAAAAUAUGGGAUUUCUUACGCGAAAAAGAUUUAAUAUUGCUCUUCGUUUGGUGGGACAUGCUCAAGAAGGGCGUCGACCAAGUAUAGAUUUAAUUAAUUUAAAAUGCCCAUUACCAAAAUUUAAUACAAAAAAACCCAUAAAUUGGAAUAUACCAUCUCAACCUCCCGAAAAAAUCCCAUUAAUAACUACAGAAGAAAGGAAUCGUUAUCAUAAUAUGUUUAAAAAUCUUAAAUUAACUAAUGGCUUUAUAAAAGGAUCUCAAGCAAAAUCAAUAUUCUUACGAACACAUUUGUCAAAUGAAAUAUUAGGUCAAAUAUGGAAUUUAGUUGAUAUUCAUCAUCGAGGCGCUUUAAAUAUUACAGAAUUCACAGUUGCUAUGCAUUUAAUUCAUUCAUUUAUAAAUGGUUCAUUAAAAAAAAUACCAUCUAUUUUACCUCCUUGGGUUUUUAAUAUGGCUAUUGGAAAAACAUAUAGUCAUGGAUCUUCUCACAAAGUAAUUUCUGAACAUUCAGUUACAAAAAAUACUAGUAAUCUAAAUGAAAAAGAUUUUUCUAAUAAUUUAUCACGCAAAUAUUAUAAACAUCAACAUGUACACAGCAAACCUAAUCUUUUUUUUGAGAUUGAUACAAUUCCACCAAAUGAUUGGAAUAUAAAACCACAGGAAAGAUUUCAAUAUAGUAAUCUUUUUAAAUCGAUUGAUAAAGCUAAUGAAAAUUAUUUAACUGGCGAUGAAGCAGUGUCCUUUUUUUUAUCAUCAAAGUUACCAGAAAAGACUUUAGCGCAUAUAUGGGAUUUAGCAGACCUAGAUAAAAGUGGUAAACUUAAUAAAGAAGAAUUUAUCAUAGCAAUACAUUUAAUACGACAAAAACUAGUAGGUGUGGACCUUCCAGCGUCUUUACCGCAAGAAUUAAUGCCACCUUUUUUUCAAAAAAAUCUUCCACAAGAAAACACGUAUUUCUUAUCACCAUCUAAUCAGGAACCAUCUAGCUCUAUAACAACUGAAUCUUUUGAUAUAAAUAAUUCUUUUUCUCCGCAAGUUCAAACAACAUCACCAUCUCUUCCAUCAUCAAUUUUUUCAAUUAAACAAACUACUACUGAUCCAUAUGUCGAAGCUUCAGCUAUAAUACCAUCUUCGGAUUCUGUAUUCUCACCAUCAUGUUCUCAUCUAGAAACACCAUCUAUUCAUUCAUCUCAAAGAGCACCUUUUAUUUCUACAUCUGCUUUUAAACAAUCUAUUGUAUCAUCUGUUACUCCAGAUUCUAAAGCUUCUCUUCAAAAGCCAUCUACUACAGUAGUAGAUUUAUUAAGUGAUACGAAUAUUGAGAAUCUUGAAAAAAAAGAUAAUGAUACUAGUGAAAUGGAAAACACUUCUAAUAAAAUUUCUUCUCUUUCUAAACAAAUACAAGAAUUAAAACAGACAGUCACUUUGACAGAAUCAGAGUUAAAGGCCUCUAAUGAUGAGAACUGCGAAAUUGAAGAAAGAUUAUCACAGAUUUAUAUUUUAUAUAAAAAAGAAGUGAAAACUGUUCAAAAAAUUCAAGAAGAUCUUACAGAAUCUCGUGCAACUACGCAAAAACUAAAACAGAAAUAUUCAAUUCUUAAAACAAGAUUAUAUACUUUGCAAAAUCAAAAACAGGAACAACUUGAAAAUUUAAAACAUAGUACAGAUGAAAAUAUCGAAUUACAACAUAAAAUAGAAUUAAUGAAUAAUCAAUUGUCUUGUUUAAAAGAAGAGUUAGAAAAUAUUGGAAAAGAUUCAUUAGAUCAAAAAAAUAUGAUUAUGAUGAGCAAAAAACAAUUAUCUAUAUUCGAAGAUAAUUAUACGCAAUUGAAAGCCAAUAUUGAUAAAGAUAUAGUGAUACAUAAUGUCAAUGAAAAUAAUGAUUCUGACUCUGUCUUAUCUACUAGUAAUCAAUCAUCAAAUCCAUUUCAUCAAAUAUCUGAUUCUAAUGAAAUAAAACAAAUAUCCCCAUUGUUUAUUCCUGUGCGUAAUAAAAUUAAUACCAAGGGUCAAUCAAACAUACAGGACAAUUCUAUUAAAGAUUUAUCAUCAAACAUAAAUUUACAAAUUUUAAAAAGACGAGAUAGUUUAUCAGAGUCUUUAGAUUCAUCAGUGGUCGUUCAAGCUCCAGAAUCUACUCCUGGAAAAUUAUCUAGAAUAAGUUCUUAUCCUGGAACACCUAUACCAUGGAUUAUGAAUAAAAGCAAUUCUCCUAAAAUCUUAAAUGAAUUAUCUUCAAACUUUGACUCUGAUAUCUUUCUUAAGGAUUCUUCUAUAGAAAAGUUUGAGUUCUAUAAAGAAAAUCCAUAUUAUGACUUAGAAGUUACGAAUGUCUCGAGUAAUUCUAAAAAAAAUUCAGAUGAAUCAUGUAACGAGAACGAGUUUAAAAAAGGUACAUUUAAUGUAAAUAAUUUAGAUACAGAAUUAUUAUAUCCAUCCAACAAUAAAGAAGAUAUUUCAUUGGAUUCAAGUUCUAGGUUGGAUGAUAUUUUAUAUAAAGAGUGCAGUAUCAGAUAUUCGGACAUUCAGAAUACAACUUUACCAGAGGAAAAUAUAACAGGAAAACUUCCUGGAACAUUUCCAGUAGAUUCUGAUAGCCGAAUAGUGAACCAAGAAAUUUAUUACACAUUUAAUGAUAAAGAGAAAAGUAUAAAAGAUGAUAAAACUAAUAAAAAAACAGAAAAUGCACAUUUUGAUCCAUUUUCAUCUAAAAAUAGCAAUGAUAUUGUACCUAAGAAAAAUAAGGCUGAUUUUGAUGAGGCAUUUUCAAAUUUUAUUGCAGAAUCAGAUGACUUUUCUAAAAAUGACAACUUUGCAUCGAAGUUUCCACCUAUUGAAGAUUUUCAUAAUUUAUCUGAAUCUAAUGACAUUAAUAAUUACAAUAAUGAUUUAAUUGCUCAUAAUAAAAAUAAGGACCCUGUCAUUAAUUUAUCAACAUUUAAUGCUGAUUAUAAUGUUUCUUAUAAUACAGAAACAUCCACGACAGAUGGAAAGAAUAUAAUGAACUCUAAUACAGUGCAAUUAUUAAUUAAUAAUUUUAAAGAAACGCAAUCUAAAGAAUCUUUAUCAAGUUUACACAAAUUUGAUUCAAAUAAUAUUGAAAUUUCAGAUGUUACAUUACAACUAGAUAAUAUACCAGAAAAAUAUGAAGAUAAACGGUUUCAUGAUCUUAUUGCAACAAAAGAAGUUAAUAGUUUCAAAUCCGAUCUUUCUACUCAAGACAUCAAAUUUAAUACUUUUUUCACCCAGCCUUUUUCUGAAGAACCUAAACAUGAUUGGGUAGCUAUUAAUUGUACAACGGAUUCUCCGUUAUUAAAUGGUCAAGAUAUAUCUAUUAAUCCUGAUCCUACUUCUACAAAAUAA